AUGGGACUCGGUGUCUUGGAAGAUACCAAACUUCCGCAUGUGCCUGGGACGGUCCUCUUGAACGACGAGGCUGCCCAUGCAGAAGCUCAGACAGCGAACCUCAAGCAUGGCACGGGCAAGAACUCCCAUAUCGUGCUCUCUCCGCAGCCGAGCGAUGAUCCCAAUGAUCCGCUCAACUGGUCUCUCUUGAAGAAAGAGGCCAUUAUCUGGAUUCUCUGUUUCGGUGCGAUGUUGAACGCGGCAACAAACGGUCCUUUCUUGAAUGCUUCAUACUUUGCUAUCGCCCAGGAAAUCAAUACAGAUCUUACAACCACGGUCAUGGUAUCGGGCUACAACAUCCUUGCUGCCGGUUGCGCUGGCCCAUUUGUGUGUGCAUUUAGCCGCAGAUACGGCAAACGGCCUGUAUUCAUUGUGUCAACUCUCAUCUGCAUCAUCGGGACCGCAAUCGGCGAGUCGAAGAUAAGCUACAACUACCUCCUCGCGGCUCGAAUCGUGCAGGGAUUCUCGACCAGCGCGUUUGAAUCCCUGAUUGUCGCCGCCGUCGGGGAUCUCUACUGCGUGCAUCAACGGGGGCUCCGGAUUUCAACCAUCAACUUCAUCCUGAACUCGGCCUCCAGUCUGGCCUCGAUCAUCUGCGGCCAGGUGUUCAACAACCUAGGCCUGCUCUGGCUUUUCCACCUGUUCCAAAUAUUCCUGGUCCUCCAGUUCGUGCUCAUGUUCUUCUUCGUCCCAGAGACGACGUAUCGUCGCGAGUCCAUCUACGAGACCGACAUCGUCAAGGUCGAGACGUUUGAGCAGAUUGAAAAGGCCCAAGAAGAACACCGUGAGCACGCCAUUGCCGUCAAAGAGCUUAACGAAUCCUCCGCGGCUUCCUCACGCAUCCCUCCCAAGAAGACGUUUGUCCAGGAACUCAAGUUCUACAACGGCAUCUUCUCCCACGACAACAUCCUCAAGUGGGUCCUGGGGAUGUUCCUCACCCUCCUCAAUCCAGCCGGAUGCUACUCCAUCAUUGUCUCGGGUCUGCUUUGUGCUUGGUACGUCGGCUCGGCGAUCAUUCUGGCCGGCAUUUUUGCAGGGCCGCCCUGGUUGUUUGAUCCCGCCCAGAUCGGCUACAUUGGAGCAGGGCCAUUCAUCGGCGGAAUGAUUGGGUCCAUCAUUGUGGCAUUGACUGGAGAUCGCGUGGUAAAAUGGAUGACGAUCAAGAACAAAGGGACUUACGAGCCCGAGUUCCGACUGGUAUUUAUGCUUCCCUGCGCCGUAUUUGCCGGGUUUGGUAUGUUCUUCUUCGGCUACACCAUGGCCCAUGGCUCCAAUGCGGUCCUCUGCGCCUUCUGUCAAGGUUUGAUGAUGGUCGGUGUCCUCAUUGGCGUGUGGUCGACCAUGUCGUACGGGCUGGACGCCUUCCGUAGCCAGAGCAACGAGAUGUUCGUGAUGAAUAUGUUCUUCAAGAACUUCAUGUUCUACGGCCUCUCCAACUUCGCCAACAAUUGGGUCGCCGCCAAAGGUCCCGAGGAAAUUAUGUUCACGUUCGGAGGCACUACCUUGGCCAUGUGUCUGCUUGCCGCUCCCGUAUAUAUGUUCGGGAAGAGGUUGAGGAGCUGGUGGACGAGACAUGAUCUCUUUGUCUUCUUUGGGAUGCAGGCGACGGGGCCAGAGAGUAAUAUGGGCUGAGCCCUG